AUGGACGCCUGCGUCAAGGCCAAGCAGCUGUCCAGGGCAGAAAAUUGGCUCCGACGACUGCUCCAGCAGGGAGGCAGCGGUCUAAGCGCCAUUCCGUACAGCAUACUCAUCAAUGGCUAUGCGCUGGAAGGAGACUUCGCUUCAGCAAAAGGCUUCUUGCGGGAGAUGGACCGAAGGCAGUUGAGCCCAGACGCCAUCACCUAUUCGUCGCUGGUCGAUGCUGCGGGGAAGGCUGGUGCUGCUGCCGAAGCCUCUGCGCUGUUCCGCGAAAUGCAGGCGCGCGACCUGAAGGCCAACAUCGUUGCCUACACGUCUCUGGUGAACGCCUUUGCGCGGCAGGGCAACGUGACCGGCGCGGUGGAGGUGAUGCAGCAAAUGGAAGAGGAGCGGAUCCAUCCCAACACCGUUACCUACAGCUGCGCUGUCAAGGCGUGCGGCCGGGCGCAGGAACUGGACCGGGCCUGGACCUUCCUCAGAGACAUGGAAGACCAACGCAUCGAGCAAAAUAUCAUGACCUGGGCCCCGGUGAUUGAAGCCGUCUGCAAGCACCGGAACGAUGCAACCGUCAAGGAGACCCUGAGCGCGAUGCUUGCUGCGCGUAUCGCGCCGCAGGGCCUGGCGCAGCGGCAGUUGGAGGAGCGUCUCGGUGGCCAGAACUUGUCCUCGGCGUGCGCCGAGUACGGUCUCGAGAAGCGCGGCAGAGCGGUGGACAUCGGCGCCUUCGCCCGCCAGAACCGGAAUGUGGAGGAGAAAUCGGAUGCUACGAAGCGUCGUCAACGACAGGCGGUGGCUCGGCUGGUCCCGGAAGGAUGCGCAGAGCUUAUUCCGGAAGCGAAGGUCACGCAUGGACCCAGGUUAGCGCAAAAGUUGAUCAAGGGGGCAAGUGUCAACCACAGGGGAACUGCCUUGCGUAGACCCGGGGCUGUACAGGUCCUCGCCGAGGGCGUGCUGCACUUGCGCCCAUGGUUCAAAGCAACCACAAAGGGCGCCGUCGUCGACUUCUACAAUGCCGCCAAGGUCUGGUUCGCACAGGGCGAGGACGCCAAAGCGCGUGACGCAUGUGAGAAAGCCCUGAAGCUGGCAGAUGAGCUGCGCCCACCACCCGCCGAGAUGGGCGACACUUUGCACCUGCUCGGGGCCUACCACCUCCGCGCAAAGUCGUUUGCAAUGGCAAUCAAGUGCUUCGAAAGAGCCAUGCUCGUGAAGCAGAUGACCUUGGCUGAAGAGGACCAGACGGCAUCCAUGGCGGCAACCUUGUUGGCGCUGGGCGGUGCUCACCUCCAAAGUGGCGCGCCGGUCACCGCAGCUCGCUGUUUGCAGACUGCGGUGGCAACGCUGGAGGAGUUGGGUGACGACACGGACGAACUGAUGCUGGCGUCGGCCUACCAAGCCUUGGCUGGCUCCUAUCGCGCUGCUGGCCAACAUGGCCAGGCGUUGCAGUGCUACAACCUCUGCCUCGAGCUACGAGAGGCCAAGCUGGGCCCAGAGGACCCUCAGCUGAUCCCUGUGCUGAACAACCUCGGGGCCCAGGCGCAGCAGUUGCUGCGGCACAAAGAGGCCGCAGACUUCUAUCGUCGAGCUCUUUCCCUGGAACGGAAGAGCCUGGGCACGGAGCAUGUCGCGACAGCGACAACACUCGCCAAUUUGGGUACGGUCUUCGCUCAGUUAAGCGAGCACGGCGAAGCCGUGACGUGCUUGAGCCAAGCCUACGAGAUACAGCGUGCCGAGCUCGGGGAGAACCACCCCACCUUGGCCACAACUUUGCAUAACUUGGGGAACGCCCUGGCCUCAUGCAGCUAUGGCGACAAGGCAGCCGAAUGCCUUUGCAAGGCCUUGGAGGUCUGGCAGAAGGCACAUGGAGAAACAGGAUCGGCGGCUCGGGAUAUUGCGGCCACGCUACACAGCUUGGGCAACGUUCACCGUGGGCGGCGGGACCCGGCGGCAGCGCAGCAAGCGCUGCAGGGCGCGCUUCAGAUCCGCGAGGCUGCCUUGGGGAAGGAGCACCCAGACACUGCACGAACACGGCACUGUCUUGGUUUGGUCCACGUCGCCCUCGGCGAGCGUGCCACUGCUUUGCAGGAGCUGGCAACCGCUGCUUCGGCUCUCCGCACCAGCUUGGGCUCAAAGCAUCCCUGGUCCCAGCAGGCGCAGGUGGACGUGGAAGCGCUGAGGACAGCCCUCUGA